GAAGAUGUCGUUUGCGGCCACAGAUUUGAACCAUUUUGCUCAAACGUCCAACUUUCAGGUUUUCGUACACGUUAUAUAUGAGCGAAUCUCCUAUCCUCACGCUACGAUUUGUCUGCCAAGAUGUGCUGUUGCAGACAUUUACGAAGACAGAUUGUUUUGUGUGCACGUACCUAGUAAUUCUUUAUCCUUUGAUUUUUGUGGACAUGUUGGCAGUCCUGAAACAAUAUUGGCGCCAUAAAGUUGAUUGUUGUGAUAGUUAAGAUUGCUAGUGCGUUUAAGGGAAUUUUGGGGGAAACAAAGCUGAUAACGUAUCGGAGAUCAGUGCAACAUGUUUUACAAUUACCAGUUACUGUGUUAUGCCAAGAAGGGGAAAUUCUCUGUCAUAUGGCUUGCAGGAAAUCAUAAAAAACUGUCUCAAAAACAGAUUAUGAGUGUAAAUAUUGAAGUAUCAUGUGUGGAAAUUAUACAAACAGUGAAGACAUCUAGUAGAAACAAAAAUGAACGUUUUUCCUUAUAUUUGUCAUCCGUUCUCAUGAAUGGCUUGUGCAUAAUAAAGAACAGACAAUGUGAACUGCUGCUUGACCAAGUGAAGGACUGGUUUAUGUUUCAAGUGGCUGCAAAAACAUUGCAUGAAGACUUGUCUGUUCGUUGGACUAUCAGUAUGGAUAAGCGGCGGACCAAACGGAAGAAGAGAGAAAUUGAGGAAGUAAGUGCUGACUUCGUAGCACAAGCACUUCGUGAACUACAGUCAUAUCCUUCUCUAUCCCCAUCACACUAUCCUCAGCAAGUGGAACCAGAAAUAUCACUACAGCCAGAACGAACGCCAAUAGUACCAACAGCACAGACCCAGGAAAAGGCUAUAUUAAUGAGCCUUGUGCAUGAAGAUGAUGAUGAAAUUAUGCAGAAAUUAGACAAAAUAUUUGGCCAGCAAGAAGUUACAGAAGAGGAACAGAGAUUACCAAUUGGCGAAGGCUUGCUUGUUCCACGUGAAACAGAUAAUGCAGCAGACCUGGAAGCCCAGGGAUUGCCAAGAAGGACAACAGAUAAGGCACAGAGUAUGGAAGUUGUUCGGCACACGGAAACACCACCAGCAGUAGCAAUAUUUACUGAUGUGCAGCAGCUAUUAAUGACAGAAGAUCAGAGGUCUUCUUCCAUAUCAUUAGUUCAGCCACCUGCACCACUUUUGCAAAUACCUGAAGCUGAAGAACAUUUAGCCAUCCAGUCUCUUGAAGAAUCAGUUCCAGCACCAGCUGAUGGUGCCCUUGCUCAUAGACCUGAAGAUUUAGAUGUUACUCGGCCAAGAAAAAGAAUGAAGCGUUCCUUGCCAAGAGAAAGAGUGAUGCAUCACGUUCCAAUCAUAGACAGACAAACAGAAUUGACUUUUACAAGACAGAAUCUGGAUGUAGAUGUGCACAAAGAGUAUGAGGAUGUUUUCAGCAGCCUCAUGGAGCUUCUUCCUCCUAUGGAAGAGCCUGUCAAGAAUUUUUUACCUCUUAGUCAAGAUGAAGUGAUGCGAGGAUCAUCAGAUACCCUUGAAAGAUUUCAGCAGUCUCUAGGUCGGAGAUCUUUGGAAGAAACAUCUAGAACAAAGAUGAGUGGAGAAGGUCAGAAGCAGAUGGUCCCUGCAUCGGAGCUCUAUCAUAUUAGUGAGGAAGCUGCUGUUCUUCCAGAAUCUGCCGUUAUGCAGGAAGGCUUGAUACCAGAACCUCCAAGGGAAGAAAAAUCACUUCAGGUGCCAAUCACCUAUGAUGAACCAGUCCCAGGUGCAGCAAAACCAGAUGACGCAGAUGUAAGACCUACGAGGGAUGCACAGGAAGAAAAAGCUGAAGAUAUGGAAGUGCAGGCUGUUGUUGAUGUACCACAAUUUACAGAAAGACAGGAAGAAGUGUCUGAUCUUUUGGAGAGAUUAUGUUUAAUUGUAGGGUUGUCUGAUGAAGCAUACUCAUUUGAUGACUUAUGUCCACUGUCCACUGCUAAAUCAACAGCAGCUUCUGUUUUCUUGCACCUGUUAGACCUGGACAAUCGACAAAGCAUCGCUUUAGAGCAAGAUAACAGCACAGACUUUGCACCUAUUUACAUUACACCCACUGGUGUAUUAUAAUGCCACUGAACUGGAUGAACAUGUCAUUUGCACGCUCCAUCUCAUAAAGGUUUACUUUGUAUACAAUAUGUAUUAGAAUUGAAUUUGCUUUUAGUCACAGUGAAGAUUAUAGAAUCAUAUGAUUUAUGGGCUCAGGUCACGGUGAUAGUGAGAAGUUGCAUACUUUACUGUAGUAAGAAUAUGUGAAAUUCUACUUACUGUAAUAAUUAAAAAAAUAUGUUGCCAAA